AUGUUUCGACGUAUAGAAGACACCAUGGAGCCCGAUGCCUCGUUCCCAGCCGACCUCAAGAAGCUGGGCUUCUUCGUCAACACCACAGGCCAUAUCCGCAUGAUCAACGCACCGGAAAAGCCCUUCUUGUAUCACGCCACAAACAAUGAGCGCGUCAACGAGGUACGCCGUGAGGCCAUGCAGGCUUGCCAGCGUAUGGAAGUAGAAGUUCGCCUGGCUUCUCUCGGACUCAAGCGCAUCUACCUCCCGGCCUUCACUCUGGAAAAGCCCAACGGACCACAUGUGCCCAUUCUUGCUCCUGUGCCUGAGACGCUCAAGAAGCGUAAGCGUGUCAUUGUGCUAGUCAACAGCACCCUGCAAGACCUCGGCAUCUUAUCUUAUGGGGAGCUACAAAGGGACCUGGGCAUCAAUGGCGGGUCCGUCGUCAACUUCGUCAAGGAGAUGGUCAAGCGCUCUAGAGAUGAUGCUGAUGAGCAGAAUGCCGACAUCUUUGAGGAUGGCUACAGGCUUGCAGACGACAGUCUUACACCAGGAUUGGUGGUCAUGAACACAGCCCAGUUCCUUUAUUCUCACAAACACAACCAGGCCAUGACUCUACGCAGCUGGUCUGCUAUGCUGCGCAAGUCCAUUGCACACGACAUGAUCCGCAUCCACACUACGGAGAAUCACGUGCAGGGCCACCGAACUGCCCAAGAACAUGUCAAAACUGUUUUUGACCAAGUCAUUUGCAAUCCUGAUCGAGUCGCCGCCGAUGCCGACGUCUACUUGAUUGCUAUUGAAGAUGGUAAUGAGCAUGUUUUGAAUCUGCUUGCAGAAGACUUCGAGAAAUACGGAACCCGCAUCACAGCAAUGGCAUUGAUUAAUUCCCUCAUGGAAGACUCACAGAUCAAGGAUCCCCGACUCCGAGCUUUCCUACAUCAGCGCGCCCGGCAAUGGAAGUUCAGCGAUGUCACGCCUAACCCACUGCAUUGCACAGACCUACCUGAAGGCUACGAGCAGGAUUUCAAUGACGACUAUCAUCUGGAUAUGUCGAAGCACAUUGCCUGGCACGAAGAAGUUCCCAACGGUCCCAUAGCAGCCAUACAAAAGACGCUUCGUCAUGUCUCUCUCGCCUCCACCGCACCAAAACAAGCACAGCCAGCCCCCUCCUCGUCGGGAGCCGGUGAAGCAACUGUAGAGUGGUCAUCCGGCCAAAGAGUCGUAUGUCCCACCUUCGGUGGCGGUCCCAGCCCAUCUGGCGAAUCCAUCUUGACGCAUCGUCCAGUUCAACACGCCGUCCUCUCCUUUUUCGAACAAGUGUCUCAAGACCCUGAGAACUACCGCAACAAAAAUCUCAUAGUGUACAAAGAAGCACCAAAGCCCAGUCCCGACAACCCGCUUGCACUGUUCGCUGAAGACGCAGAGAACAACACAUCUUCCGUCUCGGAUGAUAAAACUACAGCGACAACGAUUGAGCAAGCAGAACUCAGCGAGGGCAAAGAGGAACUGAUGAGACUGCGACAAGCGCUAAAUGCGUGUCCGGACGAUAUGCCCGAGUUGGAGAGUGGUCGCGAGAAACUAGCUAGGAAGAUUGCAAAGCUGGAAUGCCAAUUGCAGGCUAUGGAAGAGAAGGAGAAGAAGGCAUUGGAAGCAGCAGCAGCAGUUCAAGCAGCAGCGCAACAGACUGAGCCUCAGGUGUGGAGACCAGAAGUCCAAGGGGCAAAGGUGCCAUUUGCGGGGACUACGGUGGAUAGCGAGUUACUGAGGGCAGCGGGACUGAUGGAAUCUUCGUGAGUGAAGGAGUGAGUGAGUGUGUGGAGGUGAGAGGAAGGGGC